AUGUUGAGCUUCCUGACAUUGCCGUUGGGAAAGAUUGCGAAAAUCGUCAUGAAACGCUAUGGAGACAACAAACCAGUAUUCGGGAGCUUGACUGCUUUGUACAGUGGCCUUGUCAAUAUUGAUGAUGUCCAUUUUCAUACAGAGGCCGGUAAACAAAUGCUGCUAAACCUGAGAAGCGUUUUUUAUAAAGAAUGCCGUAAGCUGAAGCUGAAUCUUUGUGAUUCCGAGCCCACCAAUGAUGAUGUGCGUGUGGCGCUGGCAGGGUCGGUCUUGAGGGCUCUGGCAGAGCUUGGUAUUAGGGACAUCAAAGGGGCUGAAAUGAGGAAAGUGACGUUCGGACAUAGUGAGGCGAGUCCUGAUUCUAUUGUAAUAAGCUAA